AUGGAGGGACCUGAAACACUGACGCAGGCAGUCGGUGCGCCUCGAUCCUUUUGCUCGCGCGAAAAUCUGCACCCCGUAACUCCCGAGCUGCGCGCCCCUACGCAUCGCCCUGAAGCCUGCUCCCAGCGAGCGCAGCUUCGCCUUCCGGGGUGCAUCUCGCGGUCGAUACAUCGCACGAGCGACAAAGAAGGCGUCUCACCGUUCAAGUGUUUCUCAGAUAUGUGCCCCGGCUUUGGCGUCUCGCCUCUGUCUCAAGUCCCUGCACACGAAGGCUGGAGCCCCUCGACCUUCAGCGGCGCCAGCACGCGGCGCAGCGUCUUCAGCUGCGAAGACGAGGGUGAGGUGACUCUGCCGGCGACGCGGCCCGUCUCGCCUGUGUGCCUGGGAUUCGAGCAUAGUUGCUCUUCCGAAAGUUUCGCCUCACAUCACGAGACUGAGGGCGGUGAGCGACGCGGAAUUCUCUCCUGGCUUAACUCGGUGUCUGCCGGCUGUGGGGACCACACCGUCAGCUCAGAAAGCCAAGUUCCUGCUUCUGGAAAGUGCCCAGAAGACGCAGAAGGCCUCCAAGACAGUGCCUGUUGGUCCUGGAAGCCGAGUGCAUGCUAUGAAUUUGUCGCCGACAUCAACGCACACUUUGCACUCCUCGAAAAGCUCGGCGAAGGCAGCCAGGGCGUCGUGUAUCGGUCGAAGCGGUUGAGUCCAGUCGAUGCAGAAAGCGGCUUUCCAGAGAGUGGCGAGAACGCCGAAGUCUGCCUCAAGUUCUUUCUGGAAGAGACCUUGCCUCUGCCGACUGUCGAGCGGCUCUGUCGGCUGCGGGUUCCACACCUUGUUCGACAUCACGGCGUCGUCCACGACUGUCGCGGCCAGUGGCUGGUCAUGGAUCUAGCUCGAGGUCCAGAACUCCUCACUUUGAUUAGUGAAACUCAUCGGAGCUGUGCCACAGACAAAUCGGGAAGACGUGCCGGUUGCUCUGUCUCCUGCAAGGACAAGACUUGCGUCUGCAAGAACCACGCGGUCGCGAGGCCUCUCGAUGAAGCGGCAUGCUUUCGCUACCUGCGCCAGAUGCUGACGGCCCUGGCGGGGCUGCAUGCAGAGGGCCUCAUCCACGGCGACGUGAAGGCGGAAAACUUCAUUCUCGCGGAGCCGCUUGCUCCUGAAAAUGAAGGCCACGGAUCUUCAGUGCUCCCGCCCCUCAUCUUGAGCGAUUUGGGAAGUGCUGUCCCUGUUGAAACUGGCAAACUAACCAGUGGGGAGCGUCUAAGGGUUCCUGGCGGAGAUGGCACGCCCAUGUACAUGGCUCCAGAGCUGUUCACGAAAUCGGGGUACGACGGAAAAGUUGACGUUUGGGCGGCAGGGAUCGUCUUUGCGCUUCUACUGACUGGAAGCACGCCCUUUGGCAACAGAGACGUCCUGUCGUUUCUUUGGCGCCACUACUCAAGUCAGCAGGUGAAAUGCGAAACGCCUAAAACCGGAACUGUGCUUGUUGCUCGGUCUCGUGGCCGGGAGAAACAAACUCCCGAGACUUCAGAGGGCGUGCCUGCUGCGGCUUCGGCGAAGUGGGACCUCCUGUCGAUCUUGGCCAGCGACCUGACCGACGCGGCAGAUCUCGCGCCGUUGCUCGAUACGUUGGUCGAUGCAGAACUCAGCUCUGGCGAGGCGUGGAAGGUUGUCUCCUUAGAGGCGAAAGAGAUCGUCCGGAGCUUGCUGCGCGCCGACCCACGAGACAGACCAACGGCGGCUGACGCGCUCCAACACCCACGGCUGUCUGCACAUCUUGCAGACGAAGACUUCUGUGGGUAG